AUGAUGAUCACAAAUCUUCCAAUGGAUUUGAUGGAGGAUAUUUUGUCUAGGGUUCCUUUAAAAUCUAAGAGCAGUGCGGUUAACUUGCACAAAGUGGAAUACUUUAUCGAAAAGCCAGAUCUUUACAAAGAUGCACUUGGUGGAUCCAACUCAGAGAUCCUCACGUCCUAUGCGGCUCGCGGAACUGCGUCAGUUCUUUACGCAUCCGGCACGUCUUCAAUAUGGGGACGGUUCAGUUACGGUAUCGGAUACGAAGAUAAGAGAUGUGGUCGUAACUACAAAAUAUUGAGGUUUAUAGAUCUCUCCUUAUAUGAAGAAGGGAACAAGUUUUUCUGGUAUGAAGUAUAUGAUUUCGAGACUGGUUUAUGGACGACUCUUGAUGUCACUGAUCCAUACUGGCGUAUAACAUCUGGCUGUGGGUUCUCUCAAAGGAAACAGUUACUGGUGUGCUACAGAAAGGGACGCACAAGGAUAAUGAUUGGGGCGAACAAGCCGACCACAUAA